AUGGAAAAUGACAUUUUAUGCAUAAUUAAUGAUCAUUUUGCAUUUGCACACACACACACACAAAAACACAUACACACACACAGACACACGCACAUGCACAUGCACAUGCACACGCAUAUGCACAUGCACGCAAAUAUGCAAAAAUAUACGUGCAAACAUACGCAUGUACAUACACAUACAUAUACACACAGGCACAUGCACACACACAUACACACACACACACACACACAUAGACGAACAUGCAAACGUACGUGUAUACAUAUACACCAUGCACACAUACACAUGCAUGCAUAUUUCGAAUAUACAUGCGAACAUACACACAUGCACACACAUGGACAAACAUGCAAACAUGCAAAU